CCAAGCAAACCCUUGAAAGUUCAAACCCCGUGACACCACAAAGAAAAAAGCCCGAGUUCACGACUCGGCUGACUCAAUUUUUAUAACGAAGACUCACUCGCUGCAAUCCAUCCAAGAUGGAGAAGCCCUCAAACCACCAAUUUUUAAAACCAUUCAUUCCCGCCGUCGAUCACCGCUUCGAAUUCGAACUCUACACCAUCCCCACCGCCUCCGGUUGGUUUUCAUGGGAUAACAUUCACGACAUCGAGAAAACCUCAUUACCAGAGUUUUUCGACGGUACCUCCUUCACUCGAAACCCUAGGGUUUACAAGGAGUAUCGAGAUUUUAUCAUCUCCAAGUAUCGCGAAGAUCCUUCUAGAAGGUUAACGUUUUCCGAAGUUAGGAAAUCGUUAGUUGGAGAUGUGAGUUAUCUUAUGAAGGUGUUUGUGUUUCUGGAGAAGUGGGGGUUGAUUAAUUUCGGUGCGGUUAAAGAGGGGGGUGACUGUGAUUUGGGGAGGGAGGAUGAAGGUAGGUGGAAGGUUAAGGUUGAGGAAGGGCCUCCUCAUGGAGUUAGGGUUGUUGCGGGUCCGAAUUCGUUGAAGCCAGUUUCGGUGCCGCUUGGUGUGAGUGGUGGUGAUAGUGGAUCUCAUGUUGGAGUGGGAGAGAGUGGGUUUAAAACGCCGCCGUUGGCUUCGCAUUCGGAUGUUUACCAGGAGUUGAUUGAGUUGGUGUGUGCGAGUUGCAAGCAGCGGUGUGAAUCUGGGCGUUACGAGGAUGCGAAGGACGGGUGUUACAUCAUUUGUACCAAGUGUUUCAAAAAUGAAUCCUAUGGAAAUAACAAAUCUGCAGAUGAUUACAAGUUUAUCGACCACACUUCCGACAACAGGGCCCCUGUUGCUUCAUGGACCGAAUCAGAAACGUUACUUCUUUUAGAAUCCGUGUUAAAGCAUGGAGAUGACUGGGAACUUGUAGCUCAAAGUGUGCAAACAAAGAGUAAACAAGAUUGUAUUUCAAAACUUCUACAAUUGCCUUUUGGACACCUUAUGUUGAGGUCAACAGAUAAUACCCCUGCAAACAAUGGGAAACAAGUACCUCCAGUGCCUCAAGAGAUUAAAGACACCGGAAGUCAACAUGUUGAAAUCGGAAACAAAAGUCAAAAUGUUGAAGCUGAAAACAAAAGUCAACAUGUUGAAACUGAAAACAAAAGUCGAGAUGUUGAAACUGAAAGCAAAAGUCAACAUGUUGAAACUGAAAACAAAAGUCAACAUGUUGAAACUGAAAGCAAAAGUCGAGAUGUUGAAACCGAAAACAACAGUCGAGAUGUUGAAACUGAAAACAAAAGUCAACAUGUUGAAAUUGAAAACAAAAGUCAACAUGUUGAAACUGAAAACAAAAGUCAACAUGUUGAAACUGAAAACAAAAGUCAACAGAAUGGUGAUGCGGAUAUCGAAGGGCCCCCUUUGAAGAGAAUAUGCAUUGCGCCAGUUACAGAUUCCAGCGACCCAAAAAUGGAUCAGACAGAUAAAGAAGAUGAGCACGUAACACCUUCUGUACCGAUUACUGAAGAAAUUAGAGAAAAAGAUGGUGAAAUUUGCGAGUUUAAGAACCGGAAACAUCUUCCUAACAUCAGUAAUUCAUUGAUGCAGCAGGUUGCUCAUAUCUCUGCUAUGGUUGGUCCACAUGUCACUGCUUCUGCAGCUGAGGCUGCUAUCAUAGCCCUUUGCGACGAAAAUGAAAUUCCAAGGGAAAUAUUUGACAGCGAAGAAAAUGCAAACGAGCUCUCACUUUCCGCAAAAACUUUCGAGUCCGAGAGGACCGCUCAAGACAAUGGUUUAGAGAUGGAUGCAAGGCCCAGCGAGUCAGAAAAGGGGGUAAUUCCUUUACCUUUACGAAUGAGAGCUGCAAGUGCAACAGCUCUUGGUGCUGCUGCUGCACAUGCCAAAUUAUUAGCGGUUCAAGAAGAUAGAGAAAUCGAACGCCUAGUGUCGUCUGUAAUUAAUACACAGCUGAAAAAGUUGCAAUAUAAGAUGGUGUUAUUGAAGGAGGCGGAGAUGAUGAUGGAAAAAGAGUAUAGUGAGAUUGUGGAAGUUGAAGAUUCACUUCUAAUGGAGCGAAUGGAUGUUGUUCAGAAGGUGAUUGAUAGACGGAAGGACAUGACGACGGUGAAGCCCCAAGAACAGAUUAUACUCUAAAUCAUCAUCAUCAUCAAGUUUAGAUUAGUUGUUUAUUAGUCAUUUCUAACUAUCAAAUCUGUAAGAAAAUGUAGAAUCUGUAUGAACAGUAAUUUAUUUUUGAACACAGCUAAGAUUAGUUGGCUGAUUUUAAUCAUGGA